AAAAGCUAUUUAUAGAUACUUUUCAUCGUUAAGCUCUCUUUGUCAGAUUUCGGUUGCGAUUAAACUAUCAGCAUAUUCUAUUAAAACUGAAGGGUAAGGUGAUACAAACGUAACAGAAACAGAUGCAGAAAUGUAAGGAGUAUGUAAUAUGAUUGUUAAAUUGUCUGCAGAGCUGUGCUACAGAGACCUUUUGAGGUUCUAGUGAUCAAUGUGACAAAAGGGUCCAAUAAACCAGGUCCUAAAGAACUGGUUUUUCAGGGGGUGAGAAACAGCGAGGAGCAAGCAAACCUGCGAUGAGCCCCCGGAAUUCAACCUCCUUCAUUAACGCCACUAUUGUUCGUCCUGAGUUCUUUUUCAUAAGUGGUUUUGCCGGUAUUCCCCAUGCAAACUACUACUAUGUCUUCUUGUGCUUUGUUUAUGCUCUGAGUCUACUAGGAAAUGCCUUUGUCAUGUUUAUGAUUUACACUGUGAACUGUCUCCACACUCCAAAAUACAUUGUCGUUUUUAAUUUGGCUUUGUCUGACUUAUGUGGAAGCACUGCACUUGUUCCUCAGAUGAUGGACACCUUACUGUUUAAAUCACAUUUAAUCUCCUACAAGGCCUGCUUUACUAGUAUGUUCUUUGUUUUUUGGUUUCUCUUUGUGCAGUCUUUCACUCUCACUGCUCUAUCCUAUGAUAGAUUCGUUGCGAUAUGCUUUCCACUGAGAUAUAAUGAGAUAGUGACUAGUAAAUCAAUGUUGGUGAUGAUAGCGAUAUUAUGGAGUUUUGCAGGACUGGCUGGUCUCAUCGGUGUGAUUUUUAUCAGUGGAGUAUCAUUCUGCAAAUCUAUUGUGGUAAACAGCUUUUUCUGUGACCAUGGAGCUGUACUACUUUUGGCAUGCGAUGACAACCCUCCAAGUGCUGUGAUCAACUGGACACAUCCUGUUACAAUUCUGUGGUUACCGGUACUUUUUAUCACAGGUACAUAUAUUUGUAUAGCCAGAGCAUUAUUUAAAAUUUCAGAAGCCUCUGAUCGCCUCAAAGCCAUGAAGACCUGCACCUCUCAUUUGAUCUUGGUGGGUGUGUUUUAUCUUCCUAUAUGCAUCACCUAUGCAAUGAGCUCCACCAUUGAACUGAACACCAGGAUUGUGAACAUGUCACUGACGACUGUCUUGCCACCAAUGCUGAAUCCAAUCAUUUACUCUCUGAAGACAGAGGAAUUCACAGAAUCCAUUAAAAAGCUGUACAGAAGAAAGACAAUACACUUUGCUGUAAGGAAUAAAUGA